CGCGUCUCCUGACUCCCCCUUGGCCAAAGACAAAGCGCUUGCGAACCAUGCUGCGCAACGUGCUCAUCAUGGCGUCCAGCGGCAUCGUGCUCUUCUCCAAAGAAUAUGCAAACGCCGUCGCCCAGGUAUCAUUCUUCGUCAUUGUCUUGGCUUUCUAACCGUGCAACUUUUACUCUAAAAUUCGAUCUAUGAGCCGACUUUUGACUGAAAAAAAUGUGGACAUGUUUGCAAUGUUUGGUGCAUAUGCUGCGCUUUAGCCUCGAUUAGUCGGCUCCUUAAUCACGGCGAUGCUCGAAUUCUCCAAUAAAGCGAGCGGCGCGCCUGUGUCUUAUAUUCAGAUGUCUUCCGGUGCGUGGAUUCAGUAUUAUUGCUUCGCUAGAAGCGUUUGAAGCUGGAAAGUAUGAACCAUUAUUAACGCUGUGCGCUGUAUUUCGCUGCUGUUAGUGGCCGUGACGGUGGUGACCAAUGAUAAGCACAAGGUCUUCUGCGCCAUGUUCCAUGAUACAACCGACGGAGCGAGUUUGUCGGCGUUCGUGGCGCAGGAGUUGCUGGCAGCGUUCAUUGUGCAGCAUGGGGACGAGCUGGGCAACAUGGGUCACAAUCUGCGGGACUUCCACAGGUUCCAGUACAGAAUACUCAGCGUUAUACGCGAGUCGGUCAAGCCUAUUGUUAGAAAAUUACAAAAGCAGCGGGGAAUAUUGAAGGCGAUGCUCGUGGUAGACGGCGCAGUGACGUGUGCAACAGGAGAUGUGGACCCGAUUGGAGUAUUGGCGAACCUUCAGGCGCUAGUAAAUAGCUCGAUCGAUAUGAUGUCAUUUUCGGGUGACGGGGUGAGCUCCAUGACAAUCCAGAGCGGACGCAACUCAUGUAUACAAGUGAGUGUAGUAGAGGGCAACGAUGCAUUAGUAGUAGUCUACAAGAAGGGUGCACAGGCUUCCAAGAACACGGCAGCAAUAGAGGAGUGCGUUCGAGCACUACGACAUGUAUGCGUAUUAGCACGCACAUUACAGCAAAACUCGCGGUGAUGGAGACAUGACUCCCAUCUCCGCUUCUCGUCUAGUAGUAUUAGCACCAUACAGUUUUCGACAACAGCAUUUUCAGUUUUUACGUACGCCGAGUAGCUAGAGUACCAUGUAUUAUUUGCUUCACUUCAUUGUGGCCUGUUGCGCGUCCAUCG